ACCGCGUAAAGUAUAUAUUUUUACAAAAUGGUGGCUUCUUCGCGGAGAAAUUCGUAGUGGCGAUUAUUAACAAAAAGCACGCAUUUUGGCCAGCGAAAUAUUGCAAAUUGUUGGCGAAAAUACUCGCAACGACGCUGGCUGCGGCGUCCAACUGGAAAACUCGCGGAAAAGCAACCAAAAAACGCGCAAGAACCUUGUGAAAAUAACUGAAAGCGAAGGCAGGCAAUAAAAAAACGCAAGCAACCAAAGUGCGUGCCUGUGUGUGUUUGUGUAAGUGUGUGUCUGUGUGCGCUGCUCUCUGUCUGUGCCUGUGUGUGUGCGUGUGAGUGUGUCUCUCUGUUAGUGUGUGUGUGUGCGCAAAGUGUAUGCAAAAAAGAAGAAGAGAAACGGAGAAGAGCGUUAAAAAAAAAGCGUACGACGAGUUUCACGCGCCCAACAACAAAAACACAAAAAACAGCAGCAGCCACAACAACAAAUACAACAACUACACUUGGCAGCGGCAGCAAUAAAAAUAACAAACAGCAGCAGUAAAAUCUGUGUUUGUGCAAAUUAACCAAAAUAUACAUUUCCGGCUACUCACGGCCCCCUCGCUGAGCAACAACAACAUCAACGAUAUCAAGAACAACAGGAGCAGAACAACAACAACAACAACAACAACAGCAGCCAAGACCGCCCACCCUCUUCCGCAUCCAUUAACCCAGCCCAACAUAAUCAUCAUCAACAGCAUCAUCAACUGGAGUCUGGAAUCUGGAGACGGAUACCAUAGACCGGAGUUACUUUGCCGCCUGCUGCUGGAGAGAGGAGCUUCUUCGGUAGGAACGCCUCGACGAAAUACAACCCCGACCCCGGAUUCAUGUUGAAUUUCAUACAUAUCGUAGAGGGCAUAAAAAGGCUUAACACUGGACCGGAAGCGUGUUUUUAAAGGGUGAUGGCGGCCUCCACUCAAGGAGAAAUUCGAGUGGGUCCCGGCCACCAGGUAAACGAUGUCUAUGCAAAACUGCCCGAUUAUAAUCCAAUCUCAAGCUUCCCCAUCGACAAGGAAACCGAUGAACGUGAACUAGAGGAAUCAAGAUGGAGUCCAGGCGUUGUGGCCGAUGGCGACUUGUUAAUGUUCUUGCGUGCGGCUCGCUCUAUGGCUGCAUUUCAAGGAAUGUGUGAUGGCGGACUAGAAGACGGUUGUUUGGCUGCCAGUCGCGACGACACCACAAUAAACGCACUCGACGUGCUCCACGAUUCUGGCUACGAUCCAGGCAAAGCUCUACAAGCACUAGUAAAGUGCCCCGUUUCGAAGGGCAUCGACAAGAAGUGGACCGAGGACGAAACAAAGAAAUUCAUCAAGGGUCUGCGUCAGUUUGGGAAGAACUUCUUCCGCAUUCAUAAGGACCUGCUGCCGCAUAAGGAUACGCCGGAGCUGGUCGAGUUCUACUAUCUGUGGAAGAAGACGCCCGGCGCAAACAACAAUCGGCCGCACAGGCGACGCCGUCAGAGCGCCCUGCGCCGCAACCGUGUGACACGGGCCAACAACAGCAGCAAUAGCAACACCCCUCCCAAGAAGGAGGACACUCCAGAACCACAAACUGCGACGACGGCGACGGCGGCGGCAACCGCGGCGUCCGAGACGGCGAGUCGAUCCUCGCCCGCUGUCUCCAAGGAGGAGAACAGCUCGCUCACCGAGGACGACGCCAGCGAGUGCGACAGUGAUUCGAGUCUGACCCACAAAAGGGAUGAAUCACCCUCAAGGAUGAGGACGCGAAAUAAGCAACAGAACAACAACAGCAGCACCAGCAGCAGCAACAACGCGGCCGGCAACGGUGGCGGUAACGCCACAUCCAUAAGUAGCGGUUCAACCGGCGGCGGUGCCGCUGGCGGCAAUAGUUCGUCUAAGGACCAGUCAACCAACGCCGUGGCUAAUGGCAAGAGGCCCAAGCGAGGCUCCGAAACACCGGAUGUUGCCGGCGGAGCCUCGGUCGAUAGUCCUAAGACACCGACGAAGAGCGUGGCCGAAAGUUCGGCCAACAAGCGCAAAGGUGGUAAACAAGAUACGCCCAACAAAAAGAAACGAACGGAGCAGGAGGUCAACGAGCCGAGUGCCCAAGAAGAGAAUGUUGUCAAGGAGAAGCGCAAGCGACCGGAUAGCCCGGUGGAGAGCAUGAACUCUGACAGCAGACCAGACUCUGUGCUCGACGAUGGAGAAUCCAACACCACAGAUACCACCACCGCCGAGCAGCAUUCCACUAAGGAUAGCAAGGAGACGGUCAGCUGCAAGGAGGAGCGCGAAAUGGUCACCAACGAUCUGGAGGUCAAGGCCGAGGAAAAGGCGAUCAAGGCAGAGACUUUGGCGGAGGAUAGCAAGGAUAGCGCAAUCAAAAAUAUGGAUGAGGAGACGAAUAUCCAAGCGCCUAACAGCGUGGAGACAAGUUUGGUGGAUGGACCCAACCCUAUUGCCGUGGCUAAUCCUGUAGCACCACCAAUUACCAUGAAAGUGCCCACAAUUGCGACUGUGGAGGCGCUAAAUGCUUCCGUGGAUCGCAAGGAGGCCAUUGAAAAAAUGGAGUCUUGCGACAACGAUCCGGAGAUGCUUAAGAAGCUGGCAACUAUUAAGCAGGAAGUUUCUCCGCAGCUGCAACAGCAACAGCACAUGCAGCAGCAAACGCAGCAGCAAAUGCAGCAGCAACUCGUUCCAGUUGGCAUUCAGCCACCGCCUACUUGUCCGCCUUCUGAGUCGGUGUACAUCAAGAAGGAGCCCAUGGAGGACUCCAUGGAUGCCACGUGCAAUCAGAACAGCAAUGAGCCUCAGGACCUGAAGGUGAAGAUCGAGAUUAAAAACGAGGAUGCCCUUAAGCACAGUGCUGGAGGAGGUCUGCCACCAACAGGUCCUGGUGGACCGCCUUCAGCUCUGCAUCCACUUUCCGGAGCUCCAGUAGAGAGUAGUCAAGAGCUCUUGCAUCUGCAGCACAUCCCUCAUGGACCGGUGCCAACACAACCACCUCCUGGUUACCUUAUCGAUGGUCAGCUAAAGUAUGGACCACCGGGACAAGGUGUACCCCCACAGCCACCACAACUGCACAGCGAUGGGCCUGGAGGAGCCAGCGGACCACCGCCUGGAGCGCCGACAACGCCGCAGAAGUAUCCGCCCGAGAUGGAAAUGAAGUUCGCUCCCCAGGAUCUCAAGUAUCCCCCACCGCCGCCUCUUGAUGCACUGAAGUAUAGUCAGGAGAUGCAAGCAUCGGCGGCGGCGACGGCAGCGGCGGUAGCAGCAGCUGCCGGAAAAUACGAUAUGAAGUAUAUGAUUGAGCAGCAGGGCAAGUACCCCGUAGAGUUGUCCGCUGCCCAUCAGCCGCUAAGUAAGCCGGGUUACCAAGAUUCGCUGAAGAUACCCGAUGUGAAACCAGGAUUUGGUCACCUGCCGCACAAUGUAGGCUCGCCUUUGGAUGUUGCCCAUAAAUACGGGCCGCCUCCCACAUCACAAGAGUCCCAGCAGCAACCUCAGCCACCAGCACAUCAGGUUCCGCCGGGAGCAACUCCACCACCAGGCAUCGCCAUGCCUAAGCCGCACUACCAGCACGAUGUGCAGACGCCACCAUUGGGUCGGCCCUUCGAGCCCACUGGUCUUAUGCUCAAGUAUGGCGAUCCAUUAGCGGCAAAAUAUGGCCCGCCGCAGGAUCUCAAGUACCCGAUGCCACCGGUCUCACAGGCAGGACCGGCGGACGUGAAACCGUAUGGUGGUGAAAAUUUGAUCAAGUCUUCGCCAUAUGGACCGCCUCCGGAGAGCCCUAUCGAUGCUUCCGCGCGCUCAACGCCUGGUCAAGAUAGCCAGGGCAGCAACAGCAAUUCACAGCCACCGUCGAUGCCUCCGCAGCCCCAGCAGUUCCAGUCGCCGCAUCCAUCGCCGCAUAUGCCUUCUCCAGCCGGAGGUGGCCUGCCACCGGGAAUGCAUCCGCAAAAUCUCAUUCACGGACCGCCACCAGGUUCAGCGGGAGGUGCUGGCCCUCAGCCACCUCCACCGCCCACGUCGUUGCACCAGCCCACUCCCACGGCUCCAGGUCCGCCAAGUCUGCAACAUGGAUUGCAUCCUGGUCACCCGCACCCGCAACUUUCUGCGGCUUCAUCGCUACCGCCGAGCUCGAUUGGAAUUCCUCCCACGCUGUCGACAAUGGCGCCCUCGCACAUGCACCCGCACCUUCACCCACAUGCGCAUCUGCAGGGUCUCCAUCGGCCGCACGACCUACCGCCCAGUAUGCAUCCACAUGCGCCCAUGCCUCUGUCGUUGCAGGGACAUCCGCAGCAUGGUCAUGGACUGCCUCCCUCGCACGCUCCUCAGCAGCAACAGCAACAACAACAGCCGCCUGGCGGACCAGCUGGCACGGUGCGAACUCCAUCACCUGCUCAGCAGCCGCCCAGAUCCCUGCACGAUCCACAAUCGUCACGAGAGCCGCCCAGCUCACAGCCCUCGACCACGAUGGCAGGAUCGAGUGGUCCGAGUGGACCAGCGCCGCAACAGUCGCCGCACGCGCAUCGCACAUCGCCUUUACCUGGCCUCGCAGGUAGUGGACCUCCGCCGCCAGGACUUAUCGGGCAUCCGAUGGCCAUACAUCCGCAUCUGGCUCACCUGCCACCCGGUCAUCCGGCCCACGCAGCGCUGGCUCAUCCGGGACACCAUCUACUGUCGCAUUCGAUAGCUGGUUUGGGUCCUGGCGGCGGACCCAUAGCGUUGCUGGCCGGACCCGGUGGACUUGGAGGUAUACCAGAAUCCGCCCUUAGUCGCCGCACCCCGCCUUCACACUUGCCACACUCGCACGCCUCUACGGCCCCGCUGACUCCGCAUUCCGUGGCCAGCAUGACGUCUACCAGUAUGUCCCUUACCACCAGCACGGUGCCAUCGUCCGCCUUUAGUCGCGCCAGUCCCAGCGUACAGAUCUCGAGCGGUGGUGGAGGCCCUUCAGGUCCCGGAAGUGUUGGACCUGGAGGAUUACCAAACUCCUCAGCAGCGGCAGCAGCGGCUGCUGCGGCAGCUGCUCACCGUGCGGCCUCACCGGCGUCUAGCGUCAGCAGUCUAAGUCGUCAGAGCCCGCUCCAUCCGGUGCCACAAUCGCCGCUUAGCCAUCAUCCCUCAUCCUCUGCGUUAUCUGCAGCAGCAGCCGCUGUGGCAGAAAGGGAUAGACAUGCGUUGAUGCGACAACAAUCACCACACAUGACGCCACCACCGGUGUCCAACGCCUCGUUAAUGGCAAGCCCACUGAGCAAGAUGUACGUUCCUCAGCCGGGUCAGAGAGGUUUGGGAACAUCUCCACCACCUCAUUUGCGGCCGGGAGCUUCGCCUCCGGUGAUCCGUCAUCCGCAGAUGCCUCUACCGUUGCCACUUAUUGCGCCUGGCGGAGGAAUCCCUCAGAUUGGAGUGCAUCCGGGCCAGUCACCCUAUCCGCAUCCACUACUGCAUCCCUCCGUGUUUUACUCUCCGCAUCACCAUCCCUUCAAUUCCCCAUAUGGAUAUGCGCCCUAUGGUCCAGGAUUCCCAGCCUACAUGAAGCCCCCACCACAACCGGGACAACUGGAUCCGGCAGCUGUAAUGGCCGCCCACCAUGCUGGAUUACAAGGACCGCCUCCCCAGCAAAUGCGUCAGGAUGAGCAAAAUGCUGCGGCAGCCGCUGCAGCAGCAGCUGCUGAGAAACAACACCAAGCGGCUGCAGCAGCGGCAGCUCAGCAACACAAAGCGCCGCAGCAACAACCGCCCGGCGGUAUGCCACCAAACAAGCCGCCAACGCCAAAGACACCACAGGGUCCGGGCGGUGGUUUGCCACCUGGAAUGGGUGGACCGGGAACACCUACGGGACUACCGCCUGGUGCUUAUCCUGGCAGUCAUAUGCCAGGAUAUCCACAAGGGCCGCCUCAUGGUUCACCCUUCGCGCCGCAAGAUGGUCAGCCUCAUGGCCUCAAACCGACAUCGCACAUGGAUGCCCUGCGAGCACAUGCACACUCGGCCAAUUCGGCGGGUAUGGGCGGAGGACAUCAUCCCACGGAGCCAUUGCCCAUUGAUAUUGAACCUGAUCCGGAGCCAGAGAUACCCAGUCCCACGCACAAUAUACCACGUGGUCCCAGUCCCGAGGCGAAACCGGACGACACCGAAUGCCAUCGCUCUCAGUCUGCCAUAUUUGUGCGCCACAUCGAUCGUGGGGAUUACAAUUCAUGCACGAGAACGGAUUUGAUCUUCAAGCCAGUGGCCGACUCAAAGUUGGCCCGCAAGCGCGAAGAACGCGACCGCAAGCUGGCCGAAAAGGAGCGUGAGCGGCGUCAGCAGCAGCAACAACAGCAACAGCAGCAACAACAACAGCAAGCGGCAGCGGCUCAACAGGCGGCGCAGCAGGCCAAGAUGAAGGCCGAGUUAAAGCCUCCGUAUGCUGAUACGCCGGCACUGCGUCAACUGUCCGAGUAUGCUCGUCCCCACGUCGCCUUCAGUCCUGUUGAGCAGAUGGUGCCAUAUCAUCAUCCAAUGGGCCCCAUGUACAGAGAGAGGGAAUUGGAGGAGAUAAAGAACGCACAAGCUGCUGCGGCAAGUCAAUCCCGACUAGAUCCGCACUGGAUGGAAUACUACAGACGCGGCAUUCACCCCUCGCAAUUCCCCCUGUAUGCGAAUCCAGCGAUAUCGCAGAUGGAGAGGGAACGUCUGGGAAUUCCACCUCCGCACCAUGUGGGGUUGGACCCGGGCGAGCACAUGGUGCGUAUGAUACGAUUGACGAGAGAAUAUCAUGCACACUCUCAUACUCAUUUACAUUUGCCUUUGCAUCCACAGCCGCAACCACCGGAGGCCGGUUUCCAACUGCCACCGAAUGUUGGCCAGUAUCCGCGGCCAAAUAUGCUUAUACCUAGGGAGCCACACUCGGAUGUCCUGCUGCGCAUGUCUUAUGCCGACCAACUACAGUAUUUACAGGCCGCCGAGUUCCAGCGACAGUCCCUGCACGAUCAAUACUUUAGACAACGGCCCAGAUAAGUGGACAGACAGCAAUUGUAGAGAGCAAGCAACUGAACAAAGACAAUACUCGGGCCGCGGCCGUGAGGAACUGCUUUGUGUGAUUUUUGUGUUCAAGCGUUUACAUUUUGUUUUCCACA